CGCAUCUCCGUAGCCGCAGCAGUAGCUGCCGCUUCCGCCUCGGCGCUCGGGAGGGGAAGGGAAGGGGCGCCUCCUUCUGGACCCCCCCGGAGAGAUGGACCCCCCGACCUUGGGGGACCUGCUCCUGACCCUUUAUGAGAUGGGCUUCACCGAGCGGCAGGUGCGCGAUGCCCUCCACGCCGGCUGCCUCAGCGCCCCGGAGGCUGCCAAUUGGUUGCUGCAGGAGAGGGGGGAAGAGCCCCCACCGCCACCGUGCAAGCCUCCCAGAGCGCUGAAGGACUGCAGGGCGAUGGACGCCUUCAACCCCCCCAGGAGGGACCAGGAGGCCUCGGUGGGGCCACCGGCUGCCAGCCCGGGGGGCCCCACACCAGGCGCCAGGGUGGAGGCGGCCACAAAGGACCCCCCCGGGAGAGCGGGCAGCCAGGCUUUUGCCGAGCAGCAGCGGGAGCAGCUGGCGGAGGAGCUGAGGGCCGAGAGGAGGACCAAGCGGCGGGAGCACGAGUUGGCCCUGCAGAGAAUCGCAGACGACCGGCGGCACAUCCAGGGCAAGGCCCAGCUGGUGCAGGAGGCUCCCCCCUCGGAGAAGAGAGCGGCGCAGCCCCCCAGCGACGGGCAGUGCCUGCUUAGGAUCCGCCUCCCCUCGGGGGACUCUGUGCGCCAGAGCUUCCCGUCCGCCUCCCCGCUGGAGGCCGUCCGCCUCCGCCUGCUGGAGCUUCACCCGCAGCUGCCGCCCUCCUUCUCCCUCCUGCAGGGAUUCCCCAAGCGCCACUUUGGGCCGGCCGACCUGCCCCGCUCCCUGGGGGACCUGGGCCUGGCCCCCAGCGCCACCCUCUGCGUAGUGGGGCCCCCGGCCUCCGAGGCCCCAGCCUCCAAGGGGGUUGUGGGGCCUGAGUCCCCCCCUCAGACCCCACACAAAGAGGAGGAGGAAGAGGAGGAGGAGAAGGAAGAGGAGGAGGAGGAAGAGGAGGAGGAAGAGGAAGAAGAGGAGGGGGUGGCAGGGCCUGGCCUCCCCACCCCAGAGGAGAGAGGUCUCUUCGUUCAGGGGGCCGACCUGCCUUCCGUCCUCCGCUCUCCGGCGCAGAGGGUGACUCCGGGGGACUUUGCGGGGCUGCACGGCCACGGGGAACUGGCCUUCCCUGAGCCCCACCGCUGGGGGAGGGGCCACAGGAUGGACGUGGAGGAGCCCAUGGAGCAGGAGUCCUCAUCGUCCCCGAGAGAAGGAGAGGCUCCUGGGGGCCGGGGGCCGCCUCUGCCAGGUUCCGUGUCUUUUGGGGAACGCACCCAGGGCCUCUCGGGGUCUCGGCACCAGUGGCCAGCGGAGGGCAACCUGCUGAGGACGGCCGACGGGAGCCCAGCCGAAGCGCCCGCCCUCCCUCUGGCUGUGGCCCAGGCAGCCGAGUUGCGCCUGCAGCGGGUGAAUGUGCAGGGCCCAGAAGGCGAGGAGAAGGCCGCCACGUCCCCCCCAGGCCGCCUGGCCCCUGCAGUGCCACCUCUCUUCCAGCUGUCCCUGCGAGGGGCCACAGCUCUCCUCACAGCGCCCAGCAAGCAGUACUGCAGCAGCCUGGCCUCGGUGACGCCAGUGCUGGCCGAGCACCUCCUGGGGCACCUGGUGCAGGAGGGCCUGCUGAGCCCGCGCAGCCUCAAGCUCUUCUUUGGCUGCCCCCUCCAGAAGCUGCGCCUCGACUGCUACCCCUACGCCACCAACCAGCUCCUGCGCCAACUGCGGGCCUUUCCCAGCCUCCGCCACCUCAGCCUCCUCGCCUGCUCCGUCAUCACCGACCAGGGCAUCUCUGUGGUCCAGCACCUUCCCCGCCUGCAGCAUCUCAACCUCUCCGCCUGCGUGAAGCUCACCGACAACUGCCUGCAGUUUCUGAAGGGGCUAACCCAGCUGUCUCACCUGGCGCUGGACCAGACGCGAGUGACGGAUCAGGGCCUGGGCGAGUUCCUGCGCUCGGCGCCACCCUCCCUCGCCCACCUGAGCCUCAACCAGACGGGCGUCACGGACGGCACCCUCGGCCUGCUGCCCCAGUGCGCCCCCCAGCUCUGCACCCUCAGCAUCAAGCAGACAGGUGUGGUGGACAUUUCGGCCCUGCGGCGCUUGGAGGCUCUGCAGACACUUCAUCUGGAUGGCACCCCUGUGAGUGAGGCCUCCCUGCGGGCGCUCUCCUCACACCCAGCACUCUGCACCCUGACGCUCUCGGGGGUCCAGUCGGUCGAUGGCAACAUGGCCCUGGAGCUGGUCUCAGGUCUGCCCGCCCUCGCUCAGCUGGCCUUGCCCAGCCGCCACACGGUCACUGACGCCGGCCUGGCCGCCCUCUGCCGCCUGGCGGGGCUCCGGGAGCUGGACCUGACGGACUACAGCCACAUCACGGACGAGGGGCUGCAGCAUCUUCCCCGCCUGAGCAGGCUGCGCCGCCUGUCUCUCUGCAACACGCUAGCCACGGACCUCGGCCUGCGGCAUGUCCAGGGCCUGCCCCUUCUGGAGGAGCUGUGCUUGGAUCGCCUCAACGUCUCCAGCGCAGGGGUGGCGCGGUGCAUCGUCACUCUGCCCCACCUGCAGGUGCUGAGUCUUGCCAGCACGCCAGUCGGAGACACAGUGGCCCGCCUGGGCAUCUCCCGCUGCAAGCAGCUGCUCAAGGUGAACCUCAGCCGCACCCGCCUGACGGACCGAGGGCUCCGCUUCCUGCGCCAGGUGCCCCUGGUGCAGCUCAACCUGGACGGCUCUGGCGUGACCAGCGAGGGGGUGGCCGUGCUCCUGGCCGCCUGCCCCGCCCUCGGCAGCGUCCGUGCCAGCCACCUGCGCACCUUGCCCUCGGAGGAUGUCUCGGAUGAAGAAGGAGAAGGACCCGGCUAGGCCAGCAAGGCCUCCUCCUCCCCCCCCCGGCCCCGCCCUCGACGCAUGGUGCACUUUCUUCUGACCCCCCCCCCCAACCCACUUCUCUUCCUGCGUCUCUGAGGGUUUGGCACGGUCGGGCUCCCUGCAGGGCUGGACUUUCCACGAGGGAGUCGCCCACGUCCUCAGCGCCCUCGUCAUCACCGCACCAGGUCCGUUGGGGGAAGCCUGCCUCUGCGGACGAGGCUUGUCCUUCACUCGUCUUCCAUUCUUCCUGUUUCCCUCACCUGUAGCUGCAAGAAGAUGAAGAAGAGGAAAUCCAUUUUGAAAGCCCCUCAGGCUCUUAAUUCCUGGGGGACGCAGAGGAGGAGGAAGGGGGAGCGGGGGGCCUGGUUCCUGGGAUGGAGGAGGCCGGGGACCCCCCCCUUUCUGAAGAUGCCUCAUGCAAACGGGUGCAGUCCUUCUCCACCCCCACCCCACCAGAGGCCCAGAAGAGUCCGGAGGGGGGGGGCAAAUGGGGCGCGGAACUCCUGAAAAAACUUCUCUGCAGCUUGUGCCUUAACAAUUUCCAAUAAAAAACAUGGACGGGUCCGCCUGAUUGUGCUGCCUCUGAAUGCUUUGCUGGUUUGGAUCGGGGUGGGGAGUCUCCUCUCCAGAGAUUCUCCAAAUGCUCCCCUUCCCCCCAUUGGUUGGGAGCCCCAAACCCUUUGGGAUGGUGCCCUGUCAACGAUGCCAGGGUCGCCCCUCUUCCACGGUGGGGCUUUUGGAGCAGGACCAGACUGCCUUCCUCCUCCUCCUCCUCCUCUUCUCUGCACCUCAGGCUAUUGUGAAAUGUUUCUGAUCCCACAUUCCCUGCCCCCUAAAAUAUGCACUGCAGUUCACAUAGUUAACCAGUGGAAUUCCCCGCCACAGGAUGGCACGAUGGCUACCAGUUUAGGCGGCGUUAAAAGGCUGGGCAAAUCUUUGGGGGAGCAGGCGGCCAGCACAAUGGCUGCCUCCAGGAUGAGAGGUGCCGUCCCUCCGAAGGCCAGUUACCCUCCUGUGGGGCAAGAGGGGAAUUCAUUGGCCUCCCAAGGAGGCAUUGGGCCAGCCAUGGGGAGCAGAAGGGGGCUGAGCCAGCAAGGUGGCCCUUAGGUUCUGCAAAGGUAGCGGAAGUGAGAGAGCGAAAUUCGCACUCAGUCCACAUGCCUGGAGAGGGAGGGCAGAGUGAUUUCCUCCGCCCCUCCCUUUGAAUGGCCUGUCCAUGCUUCCCAAGGGGUCCUGCGGUUGAUGGUGCCUCUUCUCACCCUUGUGGAGCCAGGCUGGCACCCGCUUCCUCCUUGGACACCUGUUGGGGGGCAGUCUUGGGAAUCUGAGGUGAGGGGCCCAUGUAAUGGAAGUUGCCCCCAGUUCCAGUCUCCACACACAGGCAGCUUCAUGUCCAAAAUCGCCGCCCGCAGUAGAAGAUAAGACUUCAGCAGUGCCAUUCCGGACAUUCAUACUGUAUAUGCAUACCGCUUGUAGGCUUUCUAGAUACAGUGGGUGGGGUUCAACAGGAACCCCAUCCCCCAGAAAUACCCACCUCUCCCUGGGUGGCGAAACUGGAUAUUCAUUUCAUAGGAUUGUGGAGUUGGAAGGAUCCCCCAAGAGUCACCUAGUCCAACCCCCACCAUACAUUUUUAUAGGAUGGUGAUUUCAAUAGGUGCAAAUGUCCUGUUGCACUGAAACUGGGGCUGAGGAAAGGC